AUGGCUGCAGCUGUAGCCAACGGGAAUGGGGUCUCAACGCCUACAACCAUAGACGAUAUCAGCAAACCCCCAGAGGGCAUAGUCGUGCCACCGAAGGAUAUUAGAGCUAUUGUUGAGAAAACAGCUGGAUAUGCUGCUCGAAACGGCCCAGUUUUCGAACAGCGGAUUCGCGAGAAAGAACAGAACAACCCGAAAUUUUCCUUCUUAAGCCCCGGCGACGCUUACGCAGCAUACUAUCAAUGGCGACUCGACGAAAUCAAAGAAGGACGCGGCACUGACGUGUCGGCUGGACGACCGGGCGAGGCAGCAGCUACUCCAGUACCCGAAAAGCCCAAGGGACCAGCUGCACCACCAGAGUUCCAUUUCUCGGCGCGAAUGCCCAUUAUCAAUGCACAGGAUUUAGAAGUUGUGAAGUUGACGGCAUUAUUCGUCGCGAAAAGAGGAAAGUCGUUCAUGACGUCGUUGUCGCAAAGGGAGGCGCGAAAUUUCCAGUUCGAUUUUCUACGGCCACAGCACAGUUUAUACCAGUUCUUCACUCGACUAGUCGAUCAAUAUACGAUAUUAUUGAACAAGGAGGGUAUCGAUGCAGAGACGACAGAGAAGCGCCGGCUUGAAGAAUUGGAACGAAACACAAAAAAUAAACACCAUAUUUUGGACCGAGCCAAACAACGAGCGGAAUGGGUCAAAUAUCAAGAGCAACAGAAGCAGAAGAAAGAGGAAGAAGAAGAGAGGGAACGUAUCGAAUACGCACAGAUUGACUGGCAUGACUUUGCGGUCGUAGAGACUGUUCUUUUCACUGAAGCGGACGAUCAAAUCGAAUUGCCACCACCCGCUUCUCUUGGUGAUCUUCAGUCGGCAUCUCUUGAGCAGAAGGCGAUGAUGUCGCUGAAUCCGCUACGUAUCGAGGAGGCGAUGCCUACAGACGAAGCAGAGCCUGUAUAUUACAAUGCCUAUCCGAUGGAACAAGUCGGGCCUGCACAACCCACUCCUAUUCCCACAGAAUAUCAGCCUAUGCAACCAACCUUCCAGCCGUCUACCGUACCAAUGCCCGUCUCUGCAGCCAACGAAGAGGAAGAGCAACGUAUUCGCGAACGUAACGAAGCCCGGGAGCAGGCUUACGCUGCCCAGGCAGCCGCGAAGGGUCAACCACCUUCAAUGCGCAUUCGAUCCGACUACGUCCCACGCGCACAAUCACGACGUCAACAACAGUCCGCCGUCACAGCACUCUGUCCAAAUUGUCACCAGCAAAUCCCCGUCGCAGAACUGGAUCAACACAUGCGCAUCGAAAUGCUGGAUCCACGCUGGAAAGAGCAACGGGAAAAAGCCGAAUCUCGCGCCGCGCAUACGAACCUAAUCACAACAGACGUUGCGAAUAAUCUAAAGCGUCUCGCCAGUCAGCGGACAGACGUAUUUGAUUACGCAAAUGCGCCUACUCCUACCACUUCAGCUGGUGGUGGUACGCAUCCAUACGAAGAAUCAGAAGAAGAAGCACGUCGCAAACGUAUUGCUAUGAUGGCACCACCGGGCACUGGACCAACACCCUACUCAGUACACGCACCCGGUUACGAAAGCGCGCCUGGUGCACCAUCACACUUUUCGCAUAUGCAAAUGCCAACUGUCGGUCCACCAGCUACUGGUGCUCCCGCCAUUGGGGCAGGGAGACCGGCAGCAGGCGGACCUAGUCCGCCGACGAUGGAUAUUAAUGAGCAAAUCAGGAAUUUGCAUGAGAAGUAUGGACAGCAUCAACAACAACAGCCACCGCCGCCGCCGGGAGGGUAUCAGCAGGGGCAAUAUCAGCAGGGAUACCCGGAGGGUCAUUAAUCGUCGAUAAUAUCACGACUACUAUAAGUUUUUCUCAGGACACUUCUUCAUACGGUCUAUCCGCGGAGAGAAGGCGAAUUACAGUCUGAUUUACAAAAUGGAGUUUACCACAGCUACUUUUAUGUAUCAUUUCA